AUGGAAAAGUUCCUUCGGGAAUGGAGGCAAGAUGCCCUGAACAAAGCCCAGUACGACUCCGCCAUCUUCAUCGGCGACAAAUUGCUGGCUCUUACCCAUGACGAUAAAGAUGCAUUCUGGUUGGCACAAGUGCACUUUAAUCACGGCAACUACACCCGCGCUCAGACGUUCCUCGCUAAGCACGACCUCGUCGCUCGCAACCCUUCUUGUCGAUACUUAGCCGCACACUGUCUGAUCAAGCAAUCAAGAUUCGAGGAGGCAUUGGGCGUGCUCGGCGAUCGAAACCCGACCCAUCUCAUCUCCAAUGCGAGCAACAAGCGGAAAGCCCAAAAUACUGCCCCUCUCGGUAGGGCCGUGGGGGCUCAUGUCAAGGGUAUCUCCAGAGACAGGCUGGCUCGUGACGAUGCUGUGGAUGAGGAGUCCACAAACAAGAAAUACGAAGCCGCCAUGUGCUACCUUCGAGGCAUCUGCUACGCCAAGCAAAACGCCUUCGAUCGGGCAAAGGAGUGCUACAAGGAUGCCGUACGAAUCGACGUGCAGUGUUUCGAGGCCUUCCAACAGCUCAUGACAAACUCAUUGCUCUCCCCAGAUGAGGAGUGGCAAUUUCUUGAAUCCCUCGACUUUGACGUUAUCAAUGUCUCGGGCGAUGUAUCAUCAUCACAAGAGGCGGCAGACUUCACCAAAAUGCUGUACACCACCCGCCUGUCCAAGUACAGAGAGCCGUCGGCCUUCAACGCCGCAUGCGAUACUUUGUCAACCCAUUACCACCUAGCCAAUAACCCAGAUCUCUUACUCGCCAAGGCCGACCUCCUUUUCACACAGUGUCGGUUCCGAGAUGCCCUCGACAUCACUGAAUCUAUCCUACAGGACGACAAAUACAACUUCAGCGUCCACCCCCUGCACCUGGCCUGUUUAUUCCAACUGAAGAUGAAGAAUGCGUUAUUCUUGAUCUCCCACGACCUGGCAGACACCCACCCAGAAGAGCCUUGCUCUUGGCUGGCAGUGGGCAUAUACUACUUUUCCAUUGACAGAAUUGCGGAGGCUCGACGAUACUUUAGCAAAGCCAGCAUGAUGGAUGCACACUUUGGACCCGCAUGGAUCGGAUUCGCGCACACAUUUGCCGCCGAAGGAGAGCAUGACCAGGCCAUCUCAGCCUACUCGACUGCCGCGAGACUCUUUAUGGGAACCCACCUCCCACAAGUUUUCCUGGGCAUGCAGAACCAUGCUCUCAACAACAUGACAUUAGCAGAGGAGUUCUUAAAGACCGCAUACGGACUAUGCAAAACAGACCCACUCCUUCUCAACGAGAUGGGCAUCGUCAAAUAUCAUCAAGACAAACCGCAAGAGGCCGUUCAGUUCUUCCGGGCAGCACUGAAGACGGCAGCCGAUAUUGAUUCGGACCCCUACGCUUGGUUGUCGCCGAGAACAAAUCUGGCGCACGCCUACCGCCGCUUGCGGUUAUGGAAAGAAGCUCUUGUAGAGUUUGAUGAAGUGCUGCGUCAGGGAGGCAAGGAUCCCGCCAUUUUCUGCGCAAAGGCUCUCAUCUACCUCGAGCAAGGGAUUCCUGAGAAGGCUAUCGUGCCACUACAUGAGGCUCUAGCCAUGAACCCGCAAGACGGAAUCGCUACGGAAUUGCUUAACAAGGCUCUGGAAGAGACGUCCGUCAUCGACGUAUUCGAUGGAGAUGACUUAGACGCGUUCGAGAACGAACUUGAUAUCGGGAAGGCUGCCGCUCGGGAUCGGGUAGCGCAGAGAGCAGGCCAGCGAGGAGACGCAAAGGGAAAAGCAAAAGUCAGCAGGGCGAGGGCCACGCUGAUGGAGGACGAUGACGGAAAGGGCGAGAGCAUGAUGGAGAUGACUGACGACGACUAA